GUCAUGGGAAGAAUUAUUACGCUAGGGCCUACGGUCCUCUUCCCACUGCUGCUCCAGCUCUUUUCUCUUGCCGCCGACCGGGCGGCCGGCGGCGAUGCCGACCUAGUUGUGGUCCGGAGGGAGGAGUACGGUGGGGGGAGGAUCCUGGACAUCACCCACGCGUACCGGGAAGACAUGCCCACGUGGGAAUCGGACAAGGGGGCGGGCCAGUUCUUGUGGCUCCCCAAGUCCAUGAAGAACGGCUCCCUCGCCAACUUUUCCGAGCUGAGGAUGUCCGUCCCCACGGGCACCCACGUGGACGCCCCCGGCCACUUCUUCCAAAACUACUUCGAGGCCGGCUUCGAUGCUGACACCCUCGGCCUCCAAGUUCUCAAUGGAAAUCAUUCUUCUGGAAGGUCUAAAACUUGACAAUAUCAAGCCUGGGAUAUACUCCUUGCAUUGCUUACCUCUUAGGUUGCUUGGUGCCGAGGGUUCACCAACCAGGUAAAUUCUUAUCAAAUAAGCUGUGCAAGCCAUACAGGAAAAGGGCACCCUAGCAGCAUAAAUAUCCUUCUCUGCCAGACCUGUCAAUAUAGCUUACUCUAGGAACCUUUUUGACAUUACUUCUAUGUGUCGUACAAAGUUGUCAAUAGGUCAGUGGCAGCAACAUGAUACAGCACUCUUUAAUCACCCAGAUAUUAUAUAGAUAUGGUAUGAUAAUAUUCUGUCUCCUUUUUACAGGUUUGAUUGUUCAGAUACUACAGCUUGUAGAAACUUGAUUCCAUUAUGCAAAUUAUCUGUGUUAUGGUAUGGUGGAAAAUGGUUUUUGUGUUAAAUGACUCGAUGAGUAGGAUUAAUAGAUUUUUAAGUUAACCGUGUAUUAUAUGAAUUAUGCCAGCUGUAUCCAUUCUAGCAAAAAUGACUUUGUGACUGGAACAUGUUUGGUACA